AUGGUGAAAGUUUGGUGAAAUUCCUUUCAUUAGCCUUUGAGAUAUCGCAUUCACAAGGUUUCGGGAUGCACGCACGCACGCAUGCAUGGACAGACGCACGGACAGAUGGACAACCCAAAAACAUAAUGCCUCUUGCACCCUAUGGUGGCGGAGGCAUAAAAAACAGAAAUCUGGACUGUGUAUAGAGAUCUUGCACGUGACUUCACAUCCGCUCCAGAUUGUAAGCAGUCGCCAUUUUGUCGGUCAAACACCAUAUUUCCGCCGUCUUUCCAACACUGACUUUGUUUUUUUUUUUCGCCAAAUCUUCAAAUAUUACCGUGCCACAAUGCCGGAGAGUUGUAUGGCAUAUAAAUGCCACAACAGGAGAGGUCAGAAAUCAGGAAGAAAGUUUCAUAGGCUGCCACGGGACCCUGACAGACGUGGAAAGUGGAUUGCUGCUAUCGGCCGGGCUGAUGCAAACAACAAGAACAAGGCAUGGGAACCGACUGGAAAGAACGAUCACUGGCGCCUGUGCAGUGACCAUUUCAUCUCAGGGAAGAAGAGCAAUAACCCGACCUCUCCAGAUUAUGUACCGUCCAUUUUUGCUCACACUUCCUCUCCACUGAAGAGAAAACGAAAGAGAGAAAUGGAAACGUACACAAGACGUGAGCGAUCAAAGAAGCAACGUCGUGAUCAGUGCGCAAAGACACUGGCUACCAGAGCUCUCCUUAAGUUGUCUGAGCAAUUUAUUUCUACAACACUGGCACCAGUUUCUGUGAAUGUGAUGGGGGAUGACCAGGAUAAUCCUGCAACAAUGACAGCAGAUGAGUGUCAAAACACGGAGUGCAUUGAGCUCAAACAGUCGUUUGAACAAUUAUCUUCAUCAUUUGAUAAACUCAAAGUUCACUCAGAAAUGCUUGAAACUGACUGUCAGGCACUUAGAAAUGAAAAUUCAGUCCUCAAAGGUAAAAUUAAAUAUCUCUCUCUACUUGAAGCCGACUUCGAGGAUGAUGAUGACAAGGUGAAGACGUUAACCGGGGUUCAGUCCUUUACAGCAUUGAUGACCUUGUUCUACAUUAUUCAGGAUCAUUUAAAGGCAAAUUCCACCCUGUCACCAUUUAAGCAAUUUAUAUUGACUCUUUUAUGGCUGUGAUUAAACUUAUCAUUUACAUUCUUAGCUUACUACUUUGGUGUACAUAUUACGACUGUGUUUUGGAUCUUUCACCACUGUAUCAAUGUAAUGUACACAAGAUUAGUACCAUCUUUAGUUUUCUGGCCAGAUAGGGAGGAACUUAGAUUAACAUUGCCGUACGUUUUUCGGAGAAGUAAAUUUAACAAGUGUACAUGUAUAAUAGAUUGUUUUGAAAUUUUCACAGAAAAACCUCGUAGCCUCCUAGCCAGUGCACAGUCAUAUUCAUCUUAUAAAUCUCAUCAAACUAUAAAAUAUUUAAUAGGCAUAACACCACAAGGUGUAAUUUCCUUUAUAUCAAAUGGAUGGGGUGGGAGAACUAGUGACAAACAUAUUACAGAAAAUUCAGGAUUCUUAAACAAACUUGAGCCAGGUGAUCUGAUCUUAGCUGACAGGGGCUUUGAUGUUGGGGACACGAUUGGAUUGUAUCAAGCUAAAUUGAAAAUCCCUGCAUUUACGCGAGGCAAAAAACAGCUAGACCCUCUUGACAUUGAAAACACCAGAGGACUAGCUGCUGUCAGAAUAAAUGUUGAAAGGGUGAUAGGAACUGUUAGACAGAAAUUUACAAUCCUUCAAAGCACCCUUCCUACACAACUUCUAGAUGUUGAACCAGGUUAUGAUGUAACAAAUCUUGAUAAAAUUGUACAAGUUUGUUGUGCACUUACAAAUGUCUCAGAGUCUGUGGUUCCAUUUGAGUGACAUGUAU